CGACACGUAAAACAAAACAGAUGCCACCACAGCGCGACAGACCGAGAGGUCGCCGAUAACAAACAAGCCUCCGUCUCAAGCCGAGCAGAGUCCAAAACGAAGGAAAGAAAGGACCAAAGAUUCACCUAGACGGCCCUAGUUAGUUAGUUAGUCAGACAGUUAGCUCCAGGAUAGGUCUAGUUAUUUUCUCGUGAUCUUCAGCCCGACUAGAAAAGCAGUUCUUCAGUCACAAAGGGAUAUCAGUUGGUGGCAGACAUUGCUAUGGCCCAGGAGACCAAUCAGAGCCCAGUCCCUACGCUCUGUGCCACAGGUUGUGGUUUCUAUGGUAACCCUAGGACUAAUGGCAUGUGCUCUGUUUGCCACAAGGAACACCUGUCGAGACAGAACAAUGGAGGAGUUAGUUCUUUGACCCCCAUUGGCAGUAGCUCCUCAGCUGAAGAGUCUGCCAUCCAAAGUUUAGAGGAUACUUUGAAUAAUGCCGCAGCUGCUGCAGUUGCUGCUGCUGAGGAGGCUGCUGCCUCUGAAGCUGCAGCCGCUGCUGCAGACGCCCUCAGCGGGAGUUCAGCUGCCACCUCAGUAACACAACAGAUGACUGAAAUGAGGCUUUCGUCUGAGGAGAAAUUAGCAUCAGUGAGCAAACUAGAAGACACAGAAGCAGUUGUGAAUCAGCCUCCCAGUGCCGUUUCUCUCCCCUCCACUGCUGGCAGUGAAGAAGCCGGAGGCCCCGAGGCCCCCAAACCUAAAAAGCAUCGCUGCUUUAUGUGUCGUAAAAAAGUUGGCCUUACAGGUUUUGGUUGCCGCUGCGGGAAUCUAUUCUGCGGGAUUCACCGUUACUCCGACAAACACGACUGUCCCUACGACUACAAAGCCGACGCCGCUGCCAAGAUCCGUAAAGAGAACCCCAUGGUGGUGGCUGAGAAGAUCCAGAGAAUAUGACUCUUGUUUGACUUUAAAAAAUGGAGAGCUAUCAGAUUUCAGAACACGGACCUGAGCCCACCUUCUUCCUCCAGGAUUUAGUUUUUCUUUUCUCCUUUUUGACAGGAUUUCUUCCUCCUGUUCACACCGUCUGCCUAUUUUUAUUUUUUUGUGUGAGUUCGCCAUCUCAUUUGGAGCAUUGUUUUAAACAAACACUAUGUGUGCUGUUGGAGCUGGUUGAGGAGGACGCCGAUGGAGUGGUUUCCCUUUAAAACGUCCUGCUGAUUGCUUCCCGCUCCGGUUUAUUCCCACUCGGAUACAGCGUCAGGUCAGACUCUCGGCCUGUUUGUGCUUGCACUCUGCUGGCUUGAGUAGCAAAAUAGAAUUUUAAUUCUUUCUUCAUCAGUUCUUGACCUCCUUAAGAGGUCGUUUUCAUCCCAGUGGAUUCCUGGAUCUCUCCUCUACUUUGCCAUAAACUAAACCCACAACCUGGAUUGCUGCCGGGAGACAUUUUUUUCCCAUAACGCCCAGUCAUGUUGUGCUCCUCUGCUAACGUGGGGGUCGAACCGUCUACAGACGUCACACAAAGACUCUUCCCUUUGGGUUUUCCGGACGUUGCCGUUAAAUAGUUUUCCUGAACACUAGUUUGUGUGUUCUAGCGUUUCGGAAAAGUUAAUUUUUCAACGUUUCUUUAAGAAGUCACAUUGUGGGGAGGUGAUGUUUCAUGUUUGAUGGAGUAGCAUAACCAGCUAUUGGGUGAAUCUUUUUUUUUUUUUUCUUGAGGAAUCUGUGUGCGUAGUCGGAGCGUUUGGUUGAAAGUUUUAAGAUACUUUUCUUCUUUCUGGGUCUUGCUGCUUUUUUUUUUUUUUACCCCUUUUUAGUUCCAUGUUUGUACAAACCUUCGUAUUUAUAUUCUGCAGUGUGUGUGUAAUCUCCCAAUAUUGUAUGAUGUUAAUAAAUUAUGUUCACAAAUGCACAACAAGGAA